AUGACUUCAUCUAAGCCUACUAUCCUUUUCAUCCCUGGAGCUUGGCAUCUCCCCGAUGUCUUCGACGACGCUCGGGCUGCCCUGACCGCUCGUGGCUUUCCCAGUGCGGCCGUGGCACUCCCCGCCAUUGGGGCAGAGCCCCCAAACAAGGGACUCGCGGACGACACUAUUGCCGUGAAUAAGGAGAUUGAGAGACUAUCUAACGAGGGCAAGCAAGUUGUUGUUGUGGCUCAUUCCUACGGUGGUAUGGUCGGAGCCGGCGCUGUCAAAGGUCUUGGAUACGCAGAAAGGCAAAAUGCUGGCAAGACCGGUGGAGUUAUUAUGUUGGUUUAUAUGGCAGCUUUUGUUGCCAAAUCAGGAACCAGUCUAUUAGAUAUGCUGGGAGGGAACUGGCUACCAUGGAUGAAGCUUGACGGCAACUAUUGCCGCGCUGAAGAGGCAGCAGAGAUUUGCUAUAAUGAUCUAUCUCCGCAGGAGCAGGAGAAGUGGAGCUCGAGGAUUGUGCACACUUCACGCGCUGUGUUUGAGGAUCGCGUCGCUCACGAGCCUUGGCAUAAUCUGCCUUGCAUGUACCUCUUCUGCGAGGAUGACAAGGCAAUUCCUUUGGCUGUCCAGGAGUCUAUGGCUAGCUUGCUGGGCGAGUAUAGUCAGUUUAGAUGCUCGAGCUCUCAUUCUCCAUUUUUGAGCAUGCCUGAUAAGGUGGCUGAGGCCUGUGAGCUAGCCGCCAAGAUUGGCCGCGAAAAGUGCAAUGUUAAGGAACUUUAG